GACAUCUCGUACAACGCGGAGGACGAGAUCCAGCAGGUAUUAACACAAUACUUCGGCAAUUCGUUCGAGGGCGGCGGCGACUCCACCAUGCAGGACUGGAUUUGGAAGUCUCGGGAGUGGGAAGACCAUAGAAAAUUGGCGGAGAUCACUGGUUCUUUGGUUCAGCGGGUGGCAUUCACUCUCAAGUCUGGGAAAUCGUGCGCCGACGACCGG